AUGGAACAAUUUCAUUUCUGCAAGUAUCUAAGUGGUGAUGGCAUUUGUGCUGUGGUACAGGAUUAUCAUGGACAUAAAAUCUGUGAUCCUUAUGCUUGGCUUGAAGACCCAGACAGUGAGCAGACAAAGGCUUUCGUGGAGGCCCAGAACAAGAUCACAGUGCCGUUUCUCGAGCAGUGUCCGAUCAGAGGCUUGUACAAGGAGAGGAUGACUGAGCUGUACGACUACCCCAAGUACAGCUGCCACUUCAAGAAGGGAAAGCGGUAUUUUUAUUUUUACAAUACAGGUUUGCAGAACCAGCGUGUACUGUAUGUGCAAGACUCCCUAGAGGGGGAAGCCAGGGUGUUCCUCGACCCCAACACCCUGUCGGAUGACGGCACAGUAGCUCUCCGAGGUUAUGCCUUCAGUGAAGACGGUGAAUAUUUUGCCUAUGGGCUGAGUGCCAGUGGCUCAGACUGGGUGACGAUCAAGUUCAUGAAAGUCGAUGGUGCCAAGGAGCUUCCCGAUGUGCUGGAGAGAGUCAAGUUCACCUGCAUGGCCUGGACCCACGAUGGGAAGGGGAUGUUCUACAACUCAUACCCACAGCAGGACGGGAAGAGCGAUGGGACAGAGACUUCCACCAAUCUCCACCAGAAGCUCUGCUAUCACGUCUUGGGGACAGAUCAGUCUGAAGAUAUUUUGUGUGCUGAGUUCCCUGAUGAGCCCAAGUGGAUGGGGGGAGCCGAGCUGUCUGAUGAUGGUCGCUACGUCCUGCUGUCCAUCUGGGAGGGAUGUGAUCCGGUAAACCGACUGUGGUACUGUGACCUCCAGAAGGAAUCCAGCGGUAUCACUGGAAUCCUGAACUGGGUAAAACUGAUAGACAACUUUGAAGGAGAAUAUGACUACGUCACCAACGAGGGGACAGUGUUCACAUUCAAGACGAACCGCAAUUCUCCUAAUUAUCGUCUGAUCAACAUCGACUUCACGGACCCUGACGAGUCCAAGUGGAAAGUGCUUGUUCCAGAGCAUGAGAAAGAUGUCUUAGAGUGGGUGGCUUGCGUCAGGUCCAACUUCCUGGUCUUGUGCUACCUCCACGAUGUGAAGAACAUUCUGCAGCUCCACGACCUGACCACAGGUGCUCUCCUCAAGACUUUCCCACUGGACGUGGGCAGCGUGGUGGGCUACAGCGGGCGCAAAAAGGACUCCGAGAUCUUCUACCAGUUCACGUCCUUUCUGUCUCCAGGUGUCAUUUACCACUGUGAUCUUACCAAAGAGGAACUGGAACCCAUAGUUUUCCGAGAGGUGACGGUGAAGGGGAUCGAUGCUUCUGAUUACCAGACAAUCCAGGUUUUCUACCCUAGCAAGGAUGGCACAAAGAUUCCAAUGUUUAUUGUGCAUAAAAAAGGCAUAAAGUUGGAUGGCUCACAUCCUGCUUUCUUAUAUGGCUAUGGUGGCUUCAACAUCUCCAUCACACCCAACUACAGCGUUUCUAGGCUCAUUUUUGUGAGACACAUGGGCGGCGUCCUCGCAGUGGCUAACAUCAGAGGUGGCGGUGAAUAUGGAGAAACGUGGCAUAAAGGUGGUAUCUUGGCCAACAAACAAAACUGCUUUGAUGACUUCCAGUGUGCUGCUGAGUAUCUCAUCAAAGAAGGCUACACAUCCCCCAAGAGGCUUACCAUCAACGGAGGCUCCAAUGGAGGCCUCUUAGUAGCUGCUUGUGCGAAUCAGCGUCCAGACCUCUUCGGUUGUGUUAUUGCCCAGGUUGGAGUGAUGGACAUGUUAAAGUUCCAUAAGUUUACCAUUGGCCAUGCCUGGACCACCGACUAUGGGUGCUCGGACAGCAAACAACACUUUGAAUGGCUUCUCAAAUACUCACCGCUGCACAACGUGAAGCUUCCAGAGGCAGAUGACAUCCAGUACCCUUCCAUGCUUCUCCUCACUGCUGACCAUGACGACCGAGUGGUCCCGCUGCACUCCCUGAAGUUCAUCGCCACGCUUCAAUACAUUGUGGGCCGCAGCCGGAAGCAGAGCAACCCCUUGCUCAUCCACGUGGACACCAAGGCUGGCCACGGGGCCGGGAAACCCACCGCCAAAGUGAUAGAAGAAGUUUCAGAUAUGUUUGCGUUCAUAGCUCGGUGCCUGAACAUCGAGUGGAUUCAGUAAAUGGGAUUUCCACCUCCUCCCAACAGUCACAGAAAACCUCAAGGGCUGUCACACCAUCUUCACCAAGAAACCACUGGGCAGGGUGCUGCCCGCGUGAGCACCGUGCCUCGGCUCACAGACAGCAACCGAGCAGAACUGCCGUGGGGAUUUUAUCUUUUCUAGGCUUCUCCUUUGUAGCAAGCCCUUGAUGUUUUGUUUUUAUUUUUUUCCCUCUCUAUCAAGGCACAUAUUUUAAAAGGGGGCAAAGGGGGCAUGUGUGGAUAAGAAACUAAAUGACAGUGAACAUGAUGUGAAUAAUACUAGAUCCUUGGAUUGAGGAAGGGUCAUAGUUGGGCAUACUCAUAUAUAAUAACUCAAUGAAGUUGCUUCUCUAACCAUAACAUAUACCCUUAAAUACAUGGGAGACCUCAAGGGAGACUCCACUGCAUACUAAUAAAUGCUAUUUAAGAGUGGA